AUGGACGAAGCUCCUCGUGCCCGAGCAUUGGUUCUGCAGGCGUGGAACAGCCGCCUGGCUCUUGCCCUUGAGGGGAAACGCCUGCCGCCUCCGCCGGCAGAGGCGCAUGUGCGCGGUAACUCAGAUCUUCGCUCCGAGGCGGGGGCCGCGCAAAGCUUGUUAGAGAGGGAACUUCAAGUGGCCGGGUGGCGUGUUCGCCAGCUACUGGCCCACGCCCUACCUGCCUUUCAGCUGGUGCUGGAGCUGGGAAGGGCAGAACGCAAGGCACGGCCACGCCGCACUUUGCUUGCUCCACCCCGCAGGCCCUAUCCCACCUCGGAGCGGUCCGUGUCAGCUGGGGGCCACUUCCGGACGCACGCGAGGCUGGCGGGAGGACAGGGCUUGGCAGUCCAAAGCAAAGUGGGAUCGCCUGAUGUGGCACUCGGCGGGGUCCGCUACACGGACCCCAUGAACUGCGUGUACUCCCAGGUGUGGGCGGGGCGGCGCUUGACCUCGGGGGUGCACUGGGACCUGAAGCGCGAGUCCGUGGCCUCUGAGCUAGGCAAACUCUUCGCCCAGCACGGGAGGACCGUGCCUGGCUUCAUCAACCGGAAGGAGCUGGAGGCGGCGCUUCAGGAGCCAUUCGUGACGCAGGUCCUGUCAAGCAUGGAAGUCCCGGCCAUGAAGACGGACAUCCUGAAGCUCUUCGACAGGAUGAACCAGGAGACUUCCUUUGCUGGCCGCAUUCAGGCUGAGCACAUGGCGGAAGCUGUGGCCAGCAUGGGGGGCGGCUGGCGCGUGUACGGCUUCUUCGAUGUGAAGCACCAAGUCAUCGGCGUGAAGAACGAGGUGCAAAUCAAGGCCGAGCUGGCCGCAAAGGAUGCCAGCGAGCAGCGUAGGGAGCUGCAUGAGCUGGACAAGAAGAGUCGGCAGCUGGUGCAAGAAGUGCAAAGGGAUGUCGCCAGUGUUCGGGAAGAGCUCUCGGUGGUGAAAGGGCAGAUCAGCAAAGUUCUGGUCAAAAUGGAGGAGCAGUCCGCAUGGUUGGAACAGGAGAAGAGAGACCGAAUCAGCACAACCGCUGAUAUGCAGGAGAAGAUCAACGUUCUGACAACUCAGACGGCGGCAUUUUCCGGAAUCUCUGGGAAAGUGGAUGUCAUCGCGGCCCAAGUCGCGUCCCAGUCCACACUUCAAGGGAAGAUGGAUGCCCUCAGCGUGCAAGUGGCAACCCAAGCGAUGGUCGGCGCCAAAGUCGAGGCCUUGCUGGGUCAAGUCUCCGCGCAGAUGGUUGCACUUCACACUGACAAGAAGGUGGACGACAGGCUCCUAGAGGAUCGUGAUGUGAAGCCUGCAGAGCCGGCGGCGGAGCCAGAAAGUUCUUUCGUGACAGAGGCAGCCGCUUCUGCUGAGGAGAGAAGCCGCUCGCCAAAGAACGCCGAUUGGCUUGAGGCGGCGCAUCCUGGCGAGGCCACGCCGUCUCCAAGCGGAGGCAAAACCGAGGAUUGGGCCACCUUUCCGCCCAUGUCAGGCGCGAAGAGAGACGUGGCAAUCGACAAGCCCCGUGGUCCAUCGUGGAACGAAUGGCAGCAGCUGCUGGAGAUGCUCCCGGGAGGUUUGGCGUCCAAGCUGGGCAAUGUGAGCGACGACAUUGUCAAGGGCAUCCGCGCCGAAGUCACGGACGCGGUCAGCGUUUUCCGACGCGAGGCAGGUGCCAUCACCGUGUCCUCUGAUCGGCCCGUGACUUCGCAACUGCAGCGGGUGGAAGAGAAGCUGCAGCGGGUAGAGAAGCUCGUAGUCAACAUGCCUCCAGCUCUGGACUUCAACACCGUGCAGAAGGAGAUCCGGGAAGUGGAGACUUCCUGUCUCAAUGCACUGAAGACCGUUUCAGAGCGCAUAGAGGCAUCAGCGCAGGAUAGCAACCGACUUUCUUCGAGGAUGCGCGAGCUGGAUAGCACCUUCAGCGAUAGCUUGAAGAGAGUCGAGGAGAAAUUGCAGAGCGAGCAUAGCGAGUUCAAGCGGCUAGAGGGCAAGUGGAGUGACGAGCUGAGCAAGGUGCAACAGUCCACACAGACAGCUGUGGACGUUGCCAAUCACUUGCGGAGCAUGUUGGAGCAAGAGGAAGCUCGCAUCUUGGAGCUGGACAAAAGCUGCGCCCAGGGCGGGGUGCAGCUUUCAAAGGCCUUGGACCAGCUCAAGGACACCACGUCGCGAAUCAAUGACCGAAUGACCAGCUCAAAUGCCGACACCAGCCAGGUGCUGCAGCGGCUCGAGGCCUCGGCGGCCGCGGCGGCGAACUCUGAGGAGCUGCGGUCCCUGCGGAGCGUCACCGAGGUGAUAUCAAAAGAGAUGCAGAAGCUGCAGCGACAAGACGACAGGCACUACGCAGAGCUGGGCUUAAGCCUGGAGAGCUCCUUGUCUGGUCAGCAAGCCAGGCUGGAGGAGCUGCAUGACUCGCUGAAGAUGAAUCUGGAGCCGGUGCUUUCGCAGAUGCAGGCCUCGCGCACGCAGCAAACCUCCGAGUUCCACAAAGUCUUGGGAGAGAUCUCGCGCAUGCAGCAGGCCAUGCACAUCGAAUACGUGCGUGUUCCGGGUCUUCAAAAUCAGCCGGCAGCUGUUCGAGUCCGCGAGUUCUUCACGCAGACAUACACGAAGGAGAAGGUGGACGUGUAUGCGCAAACCAGUCCUGUGACCCUGGACGGCGAUGAAGAGAAGAAGAAGAAGAAGCCGCGAACCACCAGCACCCCUUCCUUGAAGAAGGCGAAGCCCGCCUUCGCAGGCGCAGACAAACUGAAGCAAGCUGCCAAGGAGAAAAGUAUGAGGCCGCCCUACAACGUGUUCGACAAGUAUCAUGACACUGGCUGUGUCCAGUACAUUGCUAAGAGCUCUGUCUUUGAGCAAAUGUCUUUGGCCAUGGUGGUGCUGAAUGCCUUGUGGAUUGGAAUUGACACCGACUACAACAAGACCGCCAUGCUGAUUGAUUCAGAGCCGGUGUUUAUUAUUGCGGAGAACAUUUUCUGCGCCUACUUCACUUUCGAGCUUGUGAUUCGCUUCGGGGCAUUUCGCCAGAAGCAGGAUGCCGUGCGGGACGGGUGGUUUGUCUUUGAUUUGUUCCUGGUGGCUCUGAUGAUCGUGGAGACCUGGAUCAUUCCCGCUGUAUUGCUCAUAUCUCAAACCUCUACAGCUGGCGGGGCUGCGAACCUCACGAUCCUCCGGGUAGUAAAGAUGGUCAAACUGGUGAGACUGUCGCGGAUGGCGCGGCUCUUGCGCUUUGUGCCUGAGAUGGCCAUCAUCGUGAAAGGACUGCGCUUUGCCUCGAGAUCCGUCGGUGUAUUCUUCCUUCUGUGGGGCAUGAUCGUCUACAUUUUUGCCGUGCUUUUUCGGCAGCUGACUGAUGGGAGCGAGAACCAAUUCUCGGAGACGGUGCCACUGGCCAUGAACAAGUUGCUGCUCAACGGCGUGUUCCCUGACAACGCGGCGCUGGUCAGCGAUGUCACGAAUAUCGAUCCGUGGUUGUGGCCACUGAUCAUCUUCUUCGUUACUUUGGUGUCGAUGACGCUUAUGUACAUGCUUGUCGGGGUGCUGGUGGAUGUGGUGUCUGUAAUUGCUGCAACAGAGAAGGAGGCGAUGAGCGUGCUGCAGGUGGCCUCGCAGAUGCGGAGCGAGUUGCGGAAAGCCGGGUACAAGGAGGACAGCUUCUUUUCCCAGUCCGACUUCCAGAAUCUCAUGCUUGAGCCUGGGGUGCUCCGGGCGGUGCAAAGAUAUCGUGGUGCUCGCCGAUAUGAUCGAUGUGAUCUUCGAGCACUUUGCGACGGAUGGGCAAAUGAGGUUCGCAGACUUGGUCGAGGCCAUCCUGAGCAUGCGAGGCUCCAACCCUGCCACGGUGAAGGAUUGCCAAGAGCAGAUCCGAAUCACCAAGGCCCUGCUCAAGGAUGCCUGCGAAGAGAUCGUGGGCCAGAUUCGAAGCGAACUAGGCCGAGCGCUGGGGGAUAUCAGUGA